CAUCAUCCAAACUUCACGCACCAAGAUCAAAAACAUCUAUUCCAAGCAAGUAUUAGUAACCAUAAACCCAACAUGAAGACCUUCCUCAUCUUCGUCCUCCUUGCCAUGGCGAUGAGCAUCGUCACUGCUGCUAGGCAGCUAAACCCUAGCGAGCAAGAGUUGCAAUCACCACAACAAUUAUAUCCGCAGCAACCAUAUCCACAGCAACCAUAUCCACCACAACAACCAUUUCCCACACCCCAACAAUAUUUUCCCCAACAAUCACAACAACCAUUUUCCCCACCACAACAACCAUUUCCCCAACCCCAACAAGCAACUCCCCUACAACCACAACAACCAUUCCCCCAGCAACCCAAACAACCACAACAAGCUUUUCCCCAACCCCAACAACAAUUUGCCUUGCAACCACAACAACAAUUUCCCCAGCUCCAACAACCACAACAAUCAUUCCCACAACAACCCCAGAGACCACAUCCAUUCCCCCAACAACCAGAACAAAUAAUAUCACAGCAACCAGAACAACCAUUCCUCCUGCAACCGCAACAACCAUUCCCCCAGCAACCAGAACAAAUAAUAUCCCAGCAACCCCAACAACUAUUUUCCCAGUCACAACAACCAUUUCCCCAGCAACCCCAACAACCAUUUCCCCUGCAACCGCAACAACCAAUUCCCCAACAACCAGCACAAAUAAUUGCUCAGCAACCUCAACAACCAUCCCCUCUGCAACCACAACAACCAUUCCCCCAGUCACGACAACCAUUUCCCCAGCAACCCCAACAACCAUUCCCGCUGCAACCGCAACAACCAUUUCCCCAGCAAUCAGCACAAAUAAUUCCUCAGCAACCCCAACAACCAUUCCCUCUACAACCACAACAAUCGUUCCUUCGGCAAUCACAACAACCGUUCCUCCAGCAACCACAACAACCAUCUCCCCAACCCCAACAAGUAGUACAAAUAAUUCCCCAGCAACCCCAACAACCAUUCCCUCUGCAGACAAACCAACCUCAGCAACCUUAUCCACAACAGCAACCAUCAGGAGUAAUGGUAUAGGCAUCGGGGGCCAAGGAAACGAAGAGCUAUAGUACUAGCCCGGCGGAUCAUCGUUGUUUAGUCAAUUGAGUGUUCAGUGUAACGAUGAUAAGUAAAGUGAUGUGUACCAUCAUGUGUAACCCCGACCUAUACUAGUUCAAACAUGAGAAUAAAAGACAAAGAAAGUUCUUGUCACAA